AUGGCGACCACAAAAGUAGCAUUGAUCACAGCCAGCUCGGCAGGUUUGGGGGCACAGAUAGCACGAGUAUUUGCGCCAGACUUCCGUGUGGUAAUCAACUAUUCAUCAAACUCGGAUCGGGCACAAUCUCUCAUGAAGGAACUAUCAUCCAUACCAGGCCCAUCCUCAGAAGCAAGCCCACGCUUCCACCUGAUCCAAGCAGACAUGUCCUCGAAACCAUCAGUCCAAAAUCUUGUAAAAGAAACAAUCGAAAAGAUGGGCCGAUUGGACGUCGUCGUUUCUAACGCAGGCUGGACGCGCAUGACGACCUUUACCGACAUUGAGCAGCAAGUCAAUGACGACGACUGGGACAAAUGUUUCACCAUGAAUGUGAAAACGCACAUGUGGCUGGCAUAUGCCGCGAAAGAUGCCUUGGCCGAAAACGAAGGAUGCUUUAUUUCGACAGCGAGUGUGGCGGGUGUGAAGCCUAGUGGAAGCAGCGUUCCUUAUGCUGUUACCAAAGCAGCGCAGAUUCAUCUUGCAAAGAGUCUUGCUGUCAUUCUGGCGCCGAAGAUUCGUGUGAAUAGCAUUAGUCCGGGUAUGCUACUCACAGAAUGGGGGCUCAAGUUUCCAGAAGCGAAGCGUAAUGCUGCGAUCAACAACACCAAGCUGAAGAGGUUGGCUACGGUGGAAGAUUGUGCGGAUCAGGUUAGAGUGUUGGCGCUGAGCAGAAGUAUCACUGGGCAAAACAUCUCGAUAGAUGGCGGUUCGUCGGUCUAG